ACAAAUUUCUCGGGCUCCGAAAAAGAGCUAGCCGAUGCUAAUUGCCAAUCACUCCAACGAAGCCAAAGGGCGACCGAAAUUGAACAUUUGAGCACGCGGUGAAUUUCGUUCAAGGCUUUUCUUCAACAAACACAUGACACAGCAAUGCCGAGCCUCAGCUGCCGAUUCUACCAACACCGCUUCCCGGAAGUGGAGGACGUGGUCAUGGUGAACGUGCGCUCCAUCGCCGAGAUGGGCGCCUACGUCAGCCUCCUGGAGUACAACAACAUCGAGGGCAUGAUCCUCCUGAGCGAGCUGUCGCGUCGGCGCAUUCGCUCCAUCAACAAGCUCAUCCGCAUCGGGCGCAACGAGUGCGUGGUGGUCAUCCGAGUCGACAAAGAGAAAGGGUACAUCGAUCUCUCAAAAAGAAGAGUUUCGCCGGAGGAGGCCAUCAAGUGUGAAGAUAAAUUCACCAAAUCCAAAACUGUGUACAGCAUCCUGCGACACGUGGCCGAAGUGCUGGAGUACAGUAAAGACGAGCAGCUGGAGAGCUUGUACCAGCGCACGGCCUGGGUCUUCGACGAGAAGUACAAGCGGCCGGGCUACGGCGCCUACGACGUCUUCAAGCAAGCCGUGUCUGAUCCUUCGAUCCUGGGAGAGCUGGACCUGACGGAAGAAGAGCGGGCCGUGCUUAUCGACAACAUCAACAGGCGACUCACUCCGCAAGCCGUCAAGAUACGAGCAGACAUUGAAGUGGCGUGUUACGGCUACGAAGGCAUCGACGCCGUGAAGGAAGCGCUGAGGGCGGGACUGGGCUGUUCUACAGAGGCCAUGCCUAUUAAGAUCAACCUGAUCGCCCCUCCCCGCUACGUGAUGACCACCUCCACUCUGGAGCGCACGGAGGGCUUGUCGGUCCUCAACCAGGCCAUGGUGGCCAUCAAGGAGAAGAUUGAGGAGAAGAGGGGGGUCUUUAACAUCCAAAUGGAGCCCAAGGUGGUGACGGAUACCGACGAGACUGAGCUGGCCCGGCAGCUGGAACGACUAGAGAGGGAAAACGCAGAGGUGGACGGAGACGACGACGCACACGAGAUUGAAGUCAAAAGAGAGGACUAGGAAGAAAAAUUAGGGGGAAUGCGUCCGGCGAACACGAACCGCUGUUGGAAGUGCCGCAUUUGGACUUUUAGCAGCGGUUUUGACCGUUACUCCAGCUUGUCUAAAGAAGGUAAAAUGGCAGAGUUGUGUUCAGGGACGCAACGUGCUUCUAUUUUAAAAUGACAUCGCUGUGAUGAGGAAAUUGUGCAGGCUCUUCUAUCCGAACGUCACACGGUGGGGACAUUUACGGGUUUUUACCGAUUGGAUCUCCUCUGGUCUGCUUGCUUGGCAUCAAUAAAAAUCUUGAUCUCGA